AUGUCUUCGUGGCUCACUACUACCGCAACACUGCAAAAUAUAACCACUCUACCUCCAGGAGUGUCACUCGCCAGAGCCCUGGAAGUCAUACAGAAUCACCAAAUUCACAUGCAGUGCGAUCCUCACAUGGUCAAAUUCGAAUCCGUUCCCCAGCCAUCAAAGGUUGUGACUCCCACCGUUCCAACGGACCGAGGAAUCGUCGCCGUGGGAGAGGCUGCGUACUACUCGGUGACGGACAAGGUACACACGCUCCCUGCGGGCCUCUGGGACUCCAACGUUGAGAGCAUAAACGAAUUCGUGACGCUGGAAAAGGGUGUUUUUGUGAGGCUUUACAGCCCUCUCAAUGUGGUGAUGGAGACGGUCUGGACCGUGAGAGAAAACGGCAAUGGCGGGGUAGAUCUGAUCGAGGACGUGGUGAUCAAAGCGUCCCGCCUGCUGGUGGGCACGAUCAAGAACAUGUGCAAUACGAACUGGACAACGUUUCACGGCAAGAUAGUGGACAUGAUGAAGGAGGCCCCGUCACAAUAA